AUGUCUGUGUUGGCAGCACCGCAGUAUUCGCCUAGUUGUUUCAUCACCAACACUCAGCUUUCAAUGACUCGGGCCCACAAUAAGACGUUGGAGUCUAUCCAGUACACUAGAGGGACGCUGCGCCUCCUAGACCAGCGGAAAGUCCCCUUUGAGACGGUGUUUGAUGAGAUCCUCACCGUGGAGGACAUAUGCGCGGCCAUCAAGGAGAUGCGCGUGCGUGGGGCACCCGCCAUUGCGGUCAGUGCCGCCCUUGCUAUUGCCGUUGCCGCCGAGAGAGAGGCAAAAAAGGAAGGAAACGCCUGGAACUCGGCCGAGGAUGCACGACGUUUUGUGUUAGAGAGCUGCGAUACCGUCAUGACGGCCCGUCCCACAGCUGUGAAUCUAUCCAAGACACUCACGCAGCUGAAACGUGAUAUUGAAGCGGCUACUGUGAGUACAGCAACGGCAACGGUGGAGGUAUGUGUCAGUUUGGCAGAAAAAAUUUACGCCGAGGAUGUUGCCUACAAUGAGGGCAUCAUGCGUCAUGGGGCACCGCACAUUGUGCGGCGCGUUAAAAAGGCAAAGGUGAGCGUGCUGACGAUAUGCAACACAGGGGCUCUUGCUACCUCGCGCUAUGGCACGGCCCUUGGGGUUGUGCGCCAAUUGUUCUACGGGGGAAACCUUGAACAGCUGUAUGCAUGUGAGACACGGCCGUGGAAUCAGGGUGCACGGCUCACUGUGUACGAGUGUGUUCAAGAGAAUAUUCCGUGCACCCUCAUCUGCGACAGCGCUGCCCCUGCUCUCAUGCGAUCCCGCACCAUUGACGCCGUCAUUGUCGGUGCUGACCGUAUCUGCAAGAAUGGUGACACGGUCAAUAAGAUUGGAACCUACAGCCUCGCGGUGGCUGCGGCACACCACGGUAUUCCCUUCUUUGUUGCCGCCCCCACCACAACGCUCGAUCCACUGACGGCAGACGGUGACGGUGUUGUGAUUGAGGAACGUGAGACGAUGGAGAUAACCCAUAACAUGUCAACGCGGCAGCGUGUAGUGGCGGAGGGACCGUCGUUGCAUAUUUGGAACCCCGUGUUCGAUGUCACCCCUGCCGAGCUCAUCACAGGUGGUAUCAUCACAGAGCUCGGGGUUGUGCCGCCUUCCGCAACUGCCCCUUUUUUUGAUAUUAGCCGCAUCGUUGAUGCAUUCUGA